CCAACGUCGUCGCCCCCUUCGCACUCGUCUCCCGUCGUCGUCUCGCUCAACGCCCCACAGACCUUCCUCUCCUUCUACCCACAGCAGUUGCCCAAUGUCUGAGAUUCGCAGGAAGUUGGUUAUCGUCGGUGAUGGUGCUUGCGGAAAGACCUGUUUGUUGAUUGUGUUCUCCAAGGGCACGUUCCCUGAGGUUUACGUCCCUACCGUUUUCGAGAACUACGUUGCCGAUGUUGAGGUCGAUGGCAAGCACGUCGAACUCGCCUUAUGGGAUACGGCCGGUCAGGAAGAUUACGACAGGCUCCGUCCUCUCUCAUACCCAGACUCGCACGUCAUUUUGAUCUGUUUCGCUGUGGACUCGCCGGAUUCGCUCGACAACGUCCAGGAGAAGUGGAUUUCGGAAGUCAUGCAUUUCUGCGCUGGUCUGCCCAUCAUCCUCGUCGGCUGCAAGAAGGAUCUGAGGCGCGAGCCCCGUGUGAUUGAGGAGCUCAGGAAAACCUCCCAAAGACCCGUCACUCCCGAAGAGGGUAUGGCCGUCGCUCAGAAGAUCGGUGCGAAGCACUAUCUCGAGUGCUCCGCCAAGUCUGGUGAGGGUGUGCGCGAGGUGUUCCAGUACGCCACCCGUGCAGCGCUCUUGACCCGGCCCAAGGGCACGAAGAAGGGUCAUCACUGCGUCGUGCUUUAAUCACCUUUCUACAUCCACCUUCGUCAUUUCUGCCUGCCUGGAACCCUACUCAUGUCCCACCACCUUGCCUCCCCUCGAUCCGACAUCUAAUACAUACAAUCCCACGCGCGUCGUCCCCCAUCUUCUUUACGUCUCACACCUCACACCUGCCCUGCCUCCUACACAACCUUCACGCUGCCAACCCCGCUCCCGUGUUUUUCCUUGCAUACCCCGCGUCGCGUUUUGGUUGGAUGCGUUCUUUUGAAGUUCUUAGGGAUGGAUGAUGCGGAUGCGGAGACGGACGUAGGCUCCUUUGUAAUUACGACCUCUUCUUUGCCCGAUUCUCUCUUUCUCUCUCUCUACGUGCCUAGCGAUUUAUCAUCUCUUGUCGACCCAUAUUAUCC